AUGUGGCAAGUGUUCCGCUUGUUGCCUGAUAAACACGACUGGCAGUUAUCAGAGCCUGACAUAUUGGUGUUGGAGGAUGGCAAAUUUAAUAAGCAUAAGCAGGACAAGGUGAAAGUUAGAGUGUACUAUGAGGCCCUCUGCCCUGAUUCUAAACAUUUCUUCAUGAGACAUUUGUAUCCCGUGACAGAAAAACUCUCAGACUUUAUUGAUGUAACUUUAGUGCCUUAUGGAAAGGCAACAACCAAAGAAGAAAACGGAAAGUAUUAUUUUACAUGCCAACAUGGUGAACAGGAGUGUUAUGCAAAUAAAAUUCAUGCUUGUGCUAUAGAUGCCAUUGGCAAUAUGACUUCAGUUGUGAAGAUCACUGACUGUAUGAUUGCUGAUAACGCGGAUGCUGACAGAGCUCUUGAAAGAUGUGCUAAGUUAAUGAAGAUUGAAGCAGACCCUAUAAGUAACUGUGCGAAGCAUGAACAUGGAUCAGCUUUACUGAAGAAAUAUGGUGAUGACACACACAUUUUGAAUCCAACUUUCAUACCAACCAUUAUUAUAAAUGGUUCUGGAGGUAACCAACCGGCUAUAUUAAAAAAUUUCCUUUUGGAAGUGUGUAAGUUAAUUGACAUGCCUCUCCCACCACCUUGCUUGUGA